AUGGAAGUUCCAAUGGAUGAGCUUGUCAAGCAUCUCACUGGUGAGCAUGAGAAGCGGCGGAAGGUGGUUUCCAUCCUCGGGGUGGAAGGCCUUGGUAAGACUACUCUUGCCAAGGAGGUUUAUUCAAAGAUUCAAGGGAACUUUGAGUGCCGAGCUUUUGUUACUCUUGGCCGGAGACCAUCCAUUAGGGAGACUGUGCAGGAAAUACUUUGUCAAGUAAACCCCUCUGCAGAAAAGAAAAUAAACCUGAAGAUUGAUCCUAGGCAUGGAAGGGGCGCAGCCCCGGAUCUGAAAAAACUCCUCACUGAGCUUUGGAAGUACCUCGCCACAAAGAGGUAUUUCAUCUUAGUGGAUGGCUUAUGGAGCACACAGGCUUGGAAAAUUAUCAAUUCUGCUUUGCCCAACGAGAAUAAUGGAAGCAGGGUAUUGACAACAACAUGCAUCAGUGCUGUUGCUCAACGUUGUUCUGUACAUCCCAUGGAUAUCUAUCGGAUUGAGCCACUUAACGAGGAGAUGUCUGCAAGAUUAUACCUGAAAUUAAUUCGGCAAAAAGAAUGGCCGGCUGAUCAUGCUGAAGUAACCAAAAACAUGUUUAAAAUGUGUGGUGGCAUGCCAUUGGCCCUAGUUCUUGCAGCUGGCUUAUUAGCAGCAAAAUGCAAACAACUACCAGAGCCCGAGAUAUCUGUUGUCUCAUCAGUGGAGCAAUAUUCCAAAUCAGAUGGGAUUAUGAAGACACUGCAGAUGAGUUAUGAUGCUUUGUCUUUGCCUCUGAGGUCUUGCUUGUUGUACCUGAGUGUCUUUCGAGGAGGUUGCACCAUCAAGAAGGACCGUCUGAUACGAUUAUGGAUUGCUGAAAGACUUAUCCCUCGAAAAGAUGAUGAAAGAAGAGCUCAAGAAAUAAGAGGUGAUGGAGGAGAAGAAACGAGAGUUGAAGGAGGUGAAAUCAUAGGAUAUGAAGAAAAUGGAGGUAAAGAAACAGGAGACGAAAAAAGCUUGUGGGAGACAGGGCAGCUCUACUUCAAAGAGCUUAUCAUCAGGAGACUGAUUCAACCUGUGUUCAACUACAAUGAUGACCAGCCAGUGAGUUGCACCGUUCAUGGUGUGAUUCUUGAUUUCAUCAAUUCUUUGUCGAGCAAAGGUAACUUUGUUACAGUUGGUGGUGCUCAUUUGAGCACAGACAUGGUUCGGCGAUUCUCGCUAGACUGCUUUAACAACAAUGACGAAGACAGAGAUGCCACCUUGGCGUCAUUUGCUAUGCACUUAUCUAGAGUGCGAUCUAUGAUUGUUUUGGGUGAUAUUGAAGGGAUAGCUGGUCGUUCGGCCCUCACAUUAUCUGGAAAAAUCGAUGGGACUCCUGUUCUUCCAUCCUUCAAACUUUUAAGAGUACUUGAUCUGGAAGGUACUUAUCAUUUGAGAAGCCGCCAUCUUCAAGGCAUCGGGGGAUUGGUUCUGCUGAGAUACCUGGGGGCUGCAGAGACUGCAAUCGAUUCUUUACCAGAGGAAAUCGGAGAACUAGGGCAGCUGGAGACCCUGAAUUUGAGGAAGACAAAAAUGCUGAGCACUUUGCCUACUUCUAUAGCUAAGCAGAAAAUGUUGGCACAUCUGCUAAUUGACGGCACCGUCAAACUGCCUAGCGAAAUCCUGAAAAUGCAAGGAUUAGAAGAAGUAUCAACUGUUGGUGUCUACAGUAGCAGGUCAAUUGAUUCAGUGGCAGAGCUCUUGAGGAAGUCGGAGCGGCUGAGGGUCCUUGGCAUAAGAUUGGAUGGGUCACACUUAUCUAAUGAUAACGGGAGUGUCAGGACUUUCCUCAUGGAGGUUACAAGGAUGGCCUCUCUUGUCAGCGUUACCCACUUGGAUAUUGAAAUUGUUCGAUUAGAAGAUGAAGCUGUCCGUGCCCUGGGAGGUUUGCCUCAUCUAGUCCUUCUCAAGUUAGUUUCUUCAGGUGGCAUAAGAUUCAGCUCACAACUCAAAUGGAACCCAGAAGGCAGGUGCAAAGUCGGCGUGGACCAGGGCUUUAAGUGUGUGAAAGUAUUAUCGCUCAUAUGCCGAUCUGGUGGGACGGAGCUGGAGUUCACACCAGGAGCCAUGAAGGAGCUACAGAGGCUGACGCUCGACUUCAGCGCACGGGAAGCACUGUGUAUCUAUGGAAAUUUCAGUUUUGGCAUCGAGCAUCUCUCUUCCCUCACACGAGUCCAUGCCAUGAUUAGCUGCAAAUGUGCUGUAGCUUCGGAGGUGAAUACUGUGAAGGAUGCGAUACGAGAACAAGCAGGUAACUUGUCUAGCAAACCCACGAUCGAAUUUACCACAAUAAAUGAACACAUGAUAAUUCCUGAUCACAAAGCAAAGACAGCAGCAGUUUCCCCUAAAAUUUGGUUAAACGGGUGUAUCAACUUCAGACAAACUGCCUAG